CCGAGCGCUUCCGUGUGUGUGGUUCCAGGGAUCAAACUUAGGCUUGACGACAAGCACCUUUAAGGCACUGAAUCAUCUUGCUGGCCCAAACAGCGUAUAUUUUUUCGUUCUUCCUUUUUAACAAGUUCUAGGAAGUCACCUUUGUGUGACUGUAUGGCCUCGCUGGUGGCAUAUGAUGACUCUGACUCUGAGUCCGAGGCUGACCCUGCCAGAAGUGGAGAUACUGCAGGUCAGAUGAGUGACGACGCCUCUGGUAUGAGCAGACCUUCUGGGAUUGGGUUUGCGUCUAGCCCAGUGGGCAUGACCAAAGAGAGGACACAGCACACAGGGAACACUCCUGAUGAAGACCCAGGGAAGCAACGUCUGCCGCUGGCUCGGCUCUGGAGAAGUGACCCGGGGUCUUGUCCCAGCCAGAGGCUACAGUGGCCCUCAAAGGAACCUGAUACCACCUUCCCCACCAGUGAGCCUUCUCGUCCUUCUUUGUGGAUGAGCAGAGCUCCAGUUGGCCAUGUGCCCCUAGCAGCUGCCUGCUUUAAGCCACUAAAACCUGCCUGGGAUGCCCUCAGACCUUCUGAGGAUCAAAGCAAGCUUGAAAGCACCGUUGCAAAUUCCAGCUCUUCUCAGAGGAAAAGGGGUGAGGACUGUGUGCUUCCCUAUAUCCCCAAGAGACUGAGGCAGCUGCAAGCGAGUCUAGAAGCAGGUGGGGACAAAGAUGUAGAGCCCCCGGGGUCCCCUGCAGGGUGUGCCCCGGCUCCACUCUGUGUGGCUCCCACAGUGUCUGAGUUCAUCCAGCCAUACUUGAACAGUCAGUUCAGAGAGACUACAGUCCCCAAGAAAGUGCUUUUCCACCUGCGAGGCCACAGGGGCCCAGUCAACAGCAUUCAGUGGUGUCCAGUCUUUUGUAAGAGCCACAUGCUUCUCUCUGCUUCCAUGGACAAAACCUUCAAGGAAACCUCUCAGAACUCUGGCUGCAUUCUGAGAGCCUUCAGGCCCUGGCAGGCAGAGUUAGCUCACCUUCAGUGGGAGCUGCACCAGGAGCAGGUGUGGAAUGCUGUGGACUCGGGGCACUGCCUGCAGACUUACUCUGUGCACACUGAGGCGGUAAGGGCUGCACGGUGGUCUCCCUGUGGCCGGCGCAUCCUUAGUGGCGGCUUCGACUUUGCCCUGCACCUAACAGACCUCGAAACAGGAACCCAAGUGUUUAGUGGUCAGAGUGACUUCAGAGUCACCACCUUGAAAUUUCAUCCAAAAGACCACAACGUCUUUUUAUGUGGCGGCUUCAGCUCUGAAAUCAAAGCUUGGGACAUGAGGACUGGCAAGGUGGUGAAAGGCUACAAGGCCACCAUCCAGCAGACCCUGGACAUUCUCUUCCUCCAGGAAGGCUCCGAGUUCCUCAGCAGUACCGAUGCGUCCACUCGGGAUUCUGCUGACCGGACCAUUAUCGCCUGGGAUUUCCGGACUGCUGCCAAGAUCUCCAACCAGAUCUUCCAUGAGAGGUACACCUGCCCCAGCCUCGCCCUGCAUCCCAGGGAGCCUGUGUUCCUGGCACAAACCAACGGCAACUACCUGGCUCUCUUCUCCUCCGUGUGGCCCUAUCGGAUGAGCAGACGGCGGCGCUAUGAAGGUCACAAGGUGGAAGGCUAUGCAGUGGGCUGUGAGUGCUCCCCCUGUGGCGACCUGCUGGUGACAGGCAGCGCUGACGGCCGCGUUUUGAUGUUCAGUUUCCGCACUGCCCGCCGGGCGUGCACACUACAAGGGCACACACAGGCCUGCCUUGGCACCACCUACCAUCCUGUGCUGCCGUCCGUCCUCGGGACCUGCUCCUGGGGAGGAGACAUCAAGAUCUGGCACUAACUGGCAACUGAGACCCUGCCCCUGGGUGGGUGGCCGGAGGUUAGGCUGCUCCCAACACCUGCCAAGCUUCAGUGACUCAUCUAUAAAAUGGGGGUGAGAAGCCAUCUCAGCGUGCAAGGACUGUGUUAGUAAAGGCAUUUGCCGAGUGACUGGUGUCACCCAAUCAAUAAGUGUGCGCUCUAUUGGGUUUGGUUGGUUGAUUGGGUUUGUUUUGUUUCUGGUUUUUUGUUUUG